UUUUAAAAAUUUUAAACUUGAAAAAUAUAAUUUUCUCCACACUAUUUGAUGAAUUAUAGUGUAAUCGCCCAUCAUAUGUUCGAUCAGAUGAUAUGAAAGAUUAAGAAUUGUAAAACAAUUAUAGCAGUGAAUCUACAAAUGAAACAAUGGAGCCCCAAAGAAAGAGAAAACUCCCAUCGAGUUCUUCAAGCAGUGGCGCUAGUGAGAGUGAUUGCAUGGCAGAAACUGCAAGCUCCAAUGUUAAAGUUGUCAUAAGAAUCAGGCCUGAGAAUGAGGCUGAGCAAAGUGAAAAAUACUCAACUGUUGUGAAAGUCAUAGAUGAGUCUUUACUCGUCUUUGACCCCAAAGAAGAAUCUUCACCAGGUUAUUUCCAUGGUAAACGCAGAAGAGGUCGUGACAUCACCAAGCGCAAAAACCGUGAUAUUAAAUUUGCAUUUGACUGUGUAUUUGAUGAACACUCUACAAGUAAACUUGUUUAUGAGAAUACAACAAAAGUGGUGCUAGAUGGGGUCCUGGAUGGAUAUAAUUGCUCAGUAUUUGCUUAUGGAGCAACUGGAGCUGGUAAAACUCAUACCAUGCUAGGAAAGCCUAACCAGCCUGGAGUGAUCUUCCUCACAAUGAUGGAUUUAUAUGCAAGGAUCGAAGCCAUGAGGGACGAGAAGAUCUGUGAUGUUGCUGUCUCCUAUCUAGAGGUGUACAAUGAGGAGAUCAAAGACUUGCUGCUCCCAGGUGGAUAUCUGCCAGUGAGGGAGGACCCACAGAAGGGAGUUGUUGUCCAAGGACUUUCAUUGCAUAAGCCAAGAGAUGCUGAGGAAUUAAUGCAUAUGUUGGAAUUCGGGAAUCAAAACAGGACGCAGCAUCCCACUGAUGCAAAUAAGGAAUCAUCGAGAUCUCAUGCUGUAUUUCAGGUAUUUGUGCGGCAGAAAGACCGAACAGCAGAUGUGAAAGCUGAUGUGAGAGUGGCAAAGAUGUCUUUGAUUGACCUUGCAGGAUCAGAGCGUGCCACUGUCACUACAAAUCGUGGAGCUAGGUUUAGAGAAGGGGCUAACAUCAACAAAUCUCUCCUUGCACUUGGUAAUUGCAUCAACGCUCUGGCAGAUGCACGGUCAUCAAAAAGCCAGCAUGUUCCAUACAGAAAUAGCAAGCUGACCAGACUGCUGAAAGACUCUCUAGGGGGCAAUUGUAGGACUGUUAUGAUAGCAGCAGUAAGUCCAUCAAGUAUGAGCUAUGAAGACACCUAUAACACACUGAAAUAUGCCAAUCGUGCCAAAAAUAUUAGGGCUCGUGUAAAGCGCAAUGUCAUGUCAGUGGACCUCCAUAUGCAUAGAUACGUUAAGAUCAUAGAUGAACUACGAGUAGAGGUGUCUGAACUGAAGCUGAAACUUCAAACCUAUGAAUCUGACGAUGUCUUCCCAGAACGUAGACUUGCUGUUACGGACCCUAGCCUUCAACAUCAGAUAGAUGCAACUGAAAGUGCCAUGCAUGCAAUAUUUAUGAAGCGUCUCAGUUUGCGUAAAGAGUUCAUGGAACUGGAAUGCAAAGAUAGACAUCUGAUGGCACGGAUCUACAAAUUCCAGAGAUAUCAAGAAAGACUUGGAAUAGUAACACUUGAUGAAGAUGCUACUGAAAGGGCUAAGGCCAAGAUGAAGGCUAAUAUCGAAAAGAUGUCGAAGAGAAAGGGAACAGUUCGUAAACGUUGCGAUGAUAUUCAAGUAAGCUUGGAUGAUAACACAAAAGAGCUGGACUCUGUGUUGGGUGAAAUGAAGGACAAUCUGCCAGAGGUGUUAGAGGCGAGACUAAAAAGCCACCAUCUUGAAGUUGAACUCAAGGACACCAAGCGCCAAGUGAAGCUGCUGCGCUAUAUUAUACGGCAACAGGACAGGGAGAUAUCAAACAAUGGCAAACUGAUAAACACCCUUCUGGAGACAGUAAGGCAGCAGUUUUACAUCUUAAAGGGUAAUGGUUUGGCAACAUCAGGAACAGAGAAUGCCUUUAGGUCAAUACAGUUAGCCACUGAGGAUGAUCAAGGCAUAUCCUGGGCAGACCAGAGUGUUUCUGAGAAUUCUGGAGUUGCAACGGAGUCACAUAUUGAUUCAUUAGUGAAUUUACCAAUUUGCUGCAUAAAAACUACACCCAGCACCCCAAAUAGUCAACGGAAAUCACGACAUAGGCGUAGUUCAACCCCAAAAUGUCGAAGCACUCCCAGUGCGAUGUCAGUCACUCCUAGUGCGCAAACAACUUCCAGUGUGCAGUCCAAUACACCAGUUAAAGGUAUAUUGACUCUCUCCAGUAAGGAUAACCUUUUAGAAGCAGGUGUUGCUAGGUUACCAAAUACACCUACAACAUCUCACCGUAGCAGCAGGCAGCAAAAUUCCCAUAAUACCCCAGAGACACCAAAAGAGAAUCAACAUUCGAUCAAUUUCAAUAUAAAAUCAGAAAAUACAUUUAGACAAAAUACAGUAAAUAAUGAUCAGUCAUUAGACAAUACAUUUACCAUAGGUGGAGCCACCAAGGAAAACAUUAAAAUAGACAUUUUAUCAGAAGUGACAUCUGGCAUCCAAAAAUCAAAAGCAGAUGAUUUGUCAGUAGUGACAUCUGGUGGCCAGAAUCAUGAAAGGAAUGAAUGUAAAUCAACAAUAACAAAUCCAUAUGAACAGAUAUCCAAGGGCAAGAUUUCUACAGUGCUCCACAGUCCAAAGUCUCAACAAAAUAUGAAAUUGCCUCAAGCUGAAUCAGUAUUUACAAACACUCAUAAAAGUAACUGUGAUGUUCAAAGAAAUGAUAAUAAUCAAUCCGCACAAUUGACAAUUCCAGAAAUACCCAAUAUAAAUGUGUGUAUUCUGAGCACUAAUAAAUCACAAAUGUUGACAAACAAUCAUGAACAUACAAACUCAAGACCAAGUUCUGUCAACAGUGGGACCGUCACAAAGGAGGGGAAGUCUACUGCAGUGUCUCCACCUAAUGUAGAUGGAGUGAAAAAGCCAGUUGUCCGUGCUAUGGAUUUCACAAACUUCUCUUCAAGUCCUGUCCCAGGAAAGAGCUACUCUGCUGCCUUGAAAUCACCAGCACCAAUCAGACCCAUGAGUGCCCUUGCAAGUAAUUUACCACAGACUCCAACUCAUACUCCUCAGCAUUCUCAAUCAAGCCUCAGAGAUAGGAGGGUAACAUUUGUUAUGUCUGACGAACCUGCCAAAGAGCCAGAAAGACCCCUUGGUAGCUGUAAAAAUGAUGCAACCAAACAAAAUAAUACGACUACACCAUCUUCAUCUAAAAAUCCUGGUUCGAGCCUCAAUCAAUUACGUCAGAAAAUUAACCAAAAUCGUGGGCAGGAAAAACAGCGUCCUUUACGAGAGAUGAAUCAGGGGAACCAGGUGCAAAUGGCAGGGCACCCAACAAGAGUCGCUGUGAAGACAGCCACACCAAAAUAUAUGAGGCUUACGGCAUCUGCUGCCUCCAAGCAGAGAAGGCACAGAAGGUCAAUUUCUGCUAACAACAGUAAAGAAAAUACACCACCAGUUGGAAUGAAUAUAGGGGGAGCUGGAGGCAACACUGGGGGAAAGUUAAGACACGCAGGCACAUCCUCAAAUCCUCCCCGCCAGUUGAAUUCGUACAGAGCAUUUGGCAGUACUUUCUCCAAUGCAGUCAGCUCAAAUAACACAAACAAAAGAUUGCAUAAUUCCAUUUCUGUUUCCAUAGAAACAAGAAAGUAUAUCAGAGUAUAUCGCAAACCAGCUAAGCUGUCACGGUCUGAAACGAUUACUUAAAAAUUAACCAUGAAAGAAGUAAAUCUGAGUUGAAUCUUAACAGGAUGGGAUGGCAGUACUAUAGCAAUAUCUCUUCUUCUAAUGUUUAAAGCUGUUGCCAUGACAACCAUAUAUUAAAACAUGAGAGACUGAGUAAAAUACUAGAAUGAAAUUAAAUUCUCCAAAUUGUACAGAAAUGCAAGAAAAUCAGGCAAUUAAUUAAUAUUCUAUGAAUAAGAAAUCACUGAGAAAUGAAGCGAAAUAAACAAAAUUAGUUUUUAAGAGAGGGUAAUUAAGAAUUAUCCUGCGAGUUAUAUGCAUUGUGGGAUUUUAUGCUGUCAAUAAAAUACUGUCUCGAAGGAAUACGACAAUGCGAUAAAUGAGAGUGUCGGAUCCUGAUUUCUGUUAAUGACGUUAAAGAUGAUUAAAAAACGAUGAUGUGGAAAUAACAUUAGGGGUUUAUAUAGUCUUCUAUUGUACGUUUCGAGCAAAGUAUCUUUGUCUUGAUUUAAUUGCUGUCUAUAAAACUGUGACUUGUCGAAAGAAAUGCUUUGUAAAAUUGCUUAUAAAAAAAUUAAUGGAGUCAUUGAGUAUUGUGAUUAUUACAUAAUUAUUCAUGACUUACUCAUCAAUCCAAAAAUGUUCUCCCUUUUGUACAAUAAUUUGUAAAUAUAAACGCAAAACUGCAUUAAGUUGAAUAGAACACUUCACACUUAAAUGAAUUUGUAUCAUGAAUUUGCCACUUUAGGGAGACUCCAAGAUUUAUUAUGUGAAAUCUGAAUUUUCAUUGUUGAGUGAUAUUUAGUAUGAUCUGUUACUUUCUGUCAAUAUUCUGCAGGAGUGAGCUUAUCAAACUCAUUCUGGUAUUGGUUUAAUGUAAUAUAUGAUUUGUCUCAUGAUUGUUUUCAAAAUGUAUAUUUGCAAAAAAAUUAUACAGUAAUGUAUAUUUAAAGAAAGCUAUACCCAAAUGUUCUUUGUUCAGGUAACCUUAUACAACUUACUUUUAAGCCUAUAUGAAUGAACUAUUGUAAUCGCACGCUUGUCUGUCCAUCUGUCCAACAUCAAUGUUCAACUCAAACAGCUGACAGGUAUAUGAGAAAAUACCAGAUGUCAUACUUAUGAAAACAUACGCAUCUAGAUAUGUAUCUGAAGACCCCAGACGUAUUGAUGUAUUUUUUCUCCAGAUCUGUUAGUGUUAAAUAGGGUUUUUGUGACAUCCAUUUCGCAAUCAUGAAUUCAAAAUGGCACCCUUCAGUAGGCUUCUUUAUAUCUUGUGACUACAUGUAUUUAAAACCAGAAAUAUAUAUGGCAGUAAGUAAAAUAACUAAAUCAGUACUUUACUCUGGCAAGUUUUCACUAGAAUUUCUCACACCAAGCUAAAUAAAUGAAGACAACAAGCAAAAUUAAUGGAAAUCAUGAAUUUAA